AUGCCCCUUACCGGCGGCGCUGCCCUCCUGCACUUUGCUCACAAAGAUGCCGAGCCCGUGCUGCCUGCCACCAUCAACAUCCGGGAGCCCCGCUGGGACCAGAGCACCUUCCAGGGCCGGGCCAAGCACUUCUUCAUGGUGACAGACCCGUGGAACCUGCUGCUCUCCAGGGCCACGCUGGAGGAGGCCCGACGUGUGGUGGAGAGCUACCGGGCGGGCACGGUGCCUCCCGGGCUCACGGAGGACCAGCUCUGGCGGGCAAAGUACGUCUACGACUCAGCCUUCCACCCCGACACGGGCGAGAAGAUGCUCCUCAUAGGGCGCAUGUCGGCCCAGGUGCCCAUGAACAUGACCAUCACCGGCUGCAUGCUGACCUUCUACAGGACCACACCGGCUGUGCUGUUCUGGCAGUGGGUGAACCAGUCCUUCAAUGCCAUCGUCAACUACACCAACCGCAGUGGGGAUGCACCCAUCACCCCCAGCCAGCUGGGAACAGCCUAUGUGAGCGCAACCACGGGCGCAGUUGUCACGGCCUUGGGGCUCAAGUCUCUCACCAAGCACUUGCCGGCCAUCAUCGGCCGCUACGUGCCCUUCGCAGCCGUGGCUGCCGCCAACUGCAUCAACAUCCCACUGAUGAGGCAAAGGGAGCUGAAGCUGGGCAUCCCCGUCACGGACGAGAACGGCAACCGCUUGGGCGAGUCCACGGCGGCGGCGCGCAAGGCCAUCUUCCAGGUGGUGGUGUCGCGUCCCAGCACCCAGUGCCUAGGUAGUGACGCAGACCCCUGUGCCCGUCCUUCCUGA